AUGAAGAGCCGAUGGAAUACCGCUUGGCUGCUGCUUCUGGCAUUAAAGGCCUUUGGGCUGAAAGAAGGUGAUCCACGCGCCUCCAUAGACCUGCAGUGUGUGUGGAUGUUACCCAGCGGUGGGAUGAACUGCAGCUGGUCUACCCAGGAUGUGAACUCUGCCCAUGUCCUCUUCUACCAGAGCCUCAAAUUCCACCCGGGUGAGACCCGCCGAGUGGAGGCACACCAGGGGCAGAACUGGGUGGUCGUUCCAAGAAGCCAUCUGAAGCUGGGGGACGUCUACAACGUGCGGCUGGAAGUCCGCCGUGCAGCUGGGGUGGAAGCGUCCGAACAGUUAACCUUCUGCCCGGAUGAGAACGUGCAACCCCCGGCUCCUGAGCUGGACCCUGUGGCGGUGAGUUCCUUGGGAGUUACGGUGACGUGGAAGAACCCUUACUGGUCUGAACACUUCCCUCAUCAGCACCUUGUCUGUGAACUUCAGUACAGGACAUCCAGAGAUGACGUGUGGACUUGCCUGGGCGCGGACUCCAUCUCCCAAGAGAAUCACGAUCUCGAUGACCUGGACCCAUUCACUUCGUACGAGGUGCAGGUUCGUUGCAUCCCGGAAGACGGACAAGGUUUUUGGAGUGAAUGGAGCCCUUCCCAAACCUUUAUAACCCCCGAAGCUGCUCCGUUGGGCCAGGUCGACGUGUGGCGGGACGCUCACCUUUCAGAAGAUUCGGAACCGAGGCUCCACCUUUUGUGGAAGGAACUAGAUCAAAAAGCAGCCAGGGGGAACAUCCUGAACUACACCGUGGAUUUCUGGGACCACCGCAAGACCCUCGUGGCCAGCUUGGUGUGUGGUUGCUGCAGCGUUCCCAUCCCCACCUCCGCCAGCUACGCCCAGGUCUCGGCGUGCAAUUCUGUAGGGAAGACGCUGCCUGCCACCCUCAGCUUGGAGCAGACAGACCUCCCAGCCCCUCGGGACGUUCGGGUGCUGGCCGCGCAGAGCCUGGGUCUCAACGUGACGUGGACAUUCAGCCCCAGCCCUGGGGGGGCCCAACCCGAGCAGUACGUGGUGGAGUGGAGGAAAGAGAUUUCCAGGGAGUUGCUGGGUUGGAUCUGCAGGCCUUUUGGCUGCAGCAGCAGCCUGCUGGUUGGUGACUAUGAACCCGAGGAGCCCUACCUGGUGACUGUUUAUGCUGUUUAUCCUCAAGGAAGCAACUCUUCAGUUCCUGUUCGAGCCUACUUCCAGGAAGGAGUCCCGUCCAUUGGACCCCAGGCACUGAAGGACAGAAGCCUUUCCCCGACUGCCUCGCUCAUCUCCUGGGAAGGGAUUCCCUUGGCGAAUCAAAGCGGGCAGCUCACCCACUUCACAAUCUACCUGGAGCAUCCCACCUUAAGGGACUCCCAAGGAUACAGGAACAUUGCUGCUAGAGAAAGGAGCUUUGCUCUCGAGGGCCUGGAGCCUGGAACUUCCUACAAGCUCCAGAUGACGGGUUCCACCUCUGCCGGGGAAGGCCCCGCCGGUCCCAUCCACAAAUUCCACACUCCCAGUUCCCAUUGGCAGGACUACUUAGCGGCCUUCUUGAGCGUGGGAUUCCUGCUCAUUCUCGCUGUCGUCAUGGUGCUCAUUAAGCGUAGAUGGUUUCUGAGCUUCUGCCACAAAGUCCUGCCCUUGUGGUGUUGGGAAAGUGUUCCGGAUCCAGGGCGUAGUACAGUUAUCGUGAAGAUGGAUGCCCCGUGUGCGGCACUCAUUAAGGAUGCUUCUUGCCAAGCCCCGGUUGAGCCCCCAGAGGAUCCGGACAUCCUUGAAAUAACAGAGCUGGCCCCGCCACCGACUAUCCCCCCUGCCCAGGUGGUGUUUUCCGAUUACGAGAAACAUUUCAUGCCCACCCAGGAGGAGCUGCAGAGGCUGGCUUGA